CGCUUAAAGGGACCGCAGCGGGGGCGCGCCUGAGAGAGAGCGGCAGAGUGCGCGAGACAGCGAGAGACGUUGGAGAUUGAGACCUCCCGAGAGUGCGGCUGCGCCAGAGACUGUAGCAGGAAACGAGAGAGCGGCCGCGGCUUGCUCGUGGUCACUGUACGUUGUCCGAAAACGAGGGGGUUGGGCGAACACCCGCGAAGGGGUGGGGAACGCAGCCCGAGAAGACCGGGGCCUGUCUUGCAGGAUCCCAGACACCAACAAGCACGUGAGGGGAGACCUUCAAACUGAAGCUGACAUUGGAGCUCAUUCCCAGGAGUCAUUAGUUCACAGACAUGGAGAGUGAUGACAAUAAAGAGCCUGACAACCAAAAAGAGGAAGAUGCUGCAGAGACUGCGGCUGAAGAGCAGGGGAGUAAGGAGAACAAAAAGGCCAAAGCAGAGUCCAAGGAGAUUGUAAAAGAUGAAAACUCUGAUGUAGACCCUCAAACUAAAAAAUCUCUCCCAGAUCCAGCAGAUAGUGACGGGAAGGAUGAUGUUGUCUUUGUUGCUGCAAGGAUGACCAAAAAAUCUGAAGUGGAACGUUCAAAGGUGCACAAGACAAAGCGUAUUGAAGAAAAUGGAGAUCCAGGCCAGACUGCUGCUGAACCUGGGGAGGGCACAAAUUGUGAUCCAGAAGAGAAAGCAGCAGGCGAAGCUCCUGAGAUGCAGGCAGACCCACCACAGCCCAGUCAAACACUUCCAAGAAGGAUGAGGCUACGGCCUAUGUUAAAACCUCGCUCUUCUGUGCCCCAUAAUGUAGACCAGAAUGUAAGCACUGAUCAAGAAACUAGUCCACAGGAAAAAGAGGCUCCUCAACCUGACCAUUCAUCUGAGAAAAAUGCUGAUGUGGAAUCCAACUCCAGACCUCCUUCAGGUGAUGGUCGAGAAGACAAGGGGAAGGAGACGGACGACAAGGCAGGGGCGGAGCAAAAACGCAGUGAUCGAGCACGUCGCACGGACACGCUGCCCUCCUCUGAAAGCAUGCAGAUUUCUGAUGAAGAUUCAGAUGCAAUGGUGGAUGACCCAAAUGACGAGGACUUUGUACCCUUUAGAACUACUAGUAAACGCCCAACUCGCCUGUCUCUUCGUAACCAGGUGCCACCACGUCCACCCAAACCCACUUUGACAAAAAUGUCUUGUGCUCACUGCCGAACCCCCUUACAGAAGGGACAGACAGCAUAUCAACGCAAAGGACUGCCCCAACUGUUCUGUUCUUCAACUUGUCUUACCACCUUCUCUAAGAAACCACUGUGUAAGAAGAUCUGCACUUUCUGCAAGAAGGAUAUUCGAAACUCCAAAGAUUCUGUUGUCGCUCAGACUGGUUCUGGAUUCCAAGAAUUUUGCUCUAAUGCCUGCCUUUCACUGUAUGAAGCUCAGCCGCGAUCUAGUUCCCAGAGCUCAUCGGAUGUUCCUGAUAUCAUAAAAUGCAGCAUCUGUCAUAAGAGUGGAGAGAUUCAACAUGAAGUCAGUAAUGGAAGUGUAGUUCACAGACUCUGCAGUGAUACCUGUUUUACCAAAUUUCGAGCCACCAAAGGCCUGAAAACAAACUGCUGUGAUAACUGUGGUAUAUACAUAUAUAAUAAAGGUUUACCACUUGAGUAUCUGUUCCAUGAAGGUCAGCAGAAGCGGUUCUGUAAUGCAGCCUGUUUAAACAACUACAAGAAGAAAAACACAAAAGUUUAUCCAUGUAUCUAUUGCAAAACCCUUUGUAAAAACUUUGAAAUGCUGUCUAAUGUGGACAAGACUGGCCGUGUGGGUCUCUUCUGCUCUAUUUGCUGCAUUACCUCGUAUAAAGUCAAGCAGUCUGGAAUACCAGGCCCUGCUCGACCUUGUAGCCUGUGUAGGCGCAGUCUAUCAGAACCAGCUUAUUACAACAAAACAGAACGUGUUCUUUACCAGUUCUGCAGUCCCAGCUGCUGGACCACCUUUCAGCGUACCAGUCCUGAGGGUGGCAUCCAUCUGAAUUGUCAUUACUGUCACAACAUGUUUACCGGCAAACCGGAGAUCUUGGAUUGGCAGGACCAUGUGUAUCAGUUCUGUUGUAAGGAUUGCUGUGAGGACUACAAGCGCCUCCAUGGAGUGGUGUCACAGUGCGAGUAUUGUAAGCAGGAAAAAAUCCUACAUGAAAAGAUCCGUUUUUCAGGUGUGGAGAAGAAUUUUUGUAGUGAGGGUUGUGUGCUGCUAUACAAACAGGACUUUACCAAGAACCUAGGCCUGUGUUGUAUAACUUGUACUUACUGUUCCCAAACCUGUCAGCGAGCGGUCACUGAGGAGCUGGAUGGUAGCACGUGGGAUUUUUGCAGUGAAGAAUGCAAGAGCAAGUAUCUACUAUGGUAUUUCAAGGCAGCGAGAUGUCAUGCCUGCAAACGCCAGGGGAAAUUGCUGGAAACUAUUCAUUGGCGUGGAGAAAUAAAACAUUUCUGCAAUCAACAGUGUCUGUUACGUUUCUAUAACCAACAAAACCAGCCCAACCUGGACACGCAGAAAGGGCCCGAAAGCCUGCUUCACAGUAAGAAAGGUCAGAAUGCAGGAUCCAAAACCCCAGCAAGUACACAGCAAAAAACAGAGACGAACGCAGCAUCACCAAAACCAGCCUCACCAGAGACUGCCCCUGCUCCACCACCACCUCCUACGCCCAGCGUGCCACGUAAAAACAAGGCUGCGAUGUGUAAACCGUUAAUGCAGAAUCGUGGCGUCUCCUGCCGAGUGGAAACAAAAAGCACAGACUGUCAGACAGAUGAGGAUUGGAAGCCACAGGUUAUUAUUCUACCUAUCCCUGUGCCCAUAUUUGUGCCCGUACCUAUGAAUUUAUACUCUCAAAAAGUGCCUGCUCCAUUCUCUAUACCUAUUCCGGUGCCUGUACCCCUGCUGCUACCUACCACUUUGGAAAAUACUGAUAAAAUUGUGGAAACCAUUGAAGAACUGAAAGUUAAAAUUCCUUCCAACCCAUUAGAAGCUGAUAUUCUAGCCAUGGCUGAAAUGAUUGCAGAGGCAGAAGGGCUGGACAAAUCCUCUGACUUGUGCGAGCUUUCCAGUGACCAGAGUGCUGAGGGUCUUUUGGAAGACUGUGACAUAUUUGGGCCCACGCGAGAUGAUGUUCUGGCAAUGGCAGUUAAAAUGGCAAAUGUGCUCGAAGAACCAGGGCAGGACUUGGAGGCUGAUUUCCCAAAAAAUUCUGCAGAUAUAAAUCAGAGUGUGGAUUUCCUGCUGGAUUGUGGUUUAGUGAGCUCUGAUGAUGCUUCCGAGCAAGAUCCUUCUCGAGUUUUAAGAAAGGGCCCAAAACGCAUGCUUUUAUCAGAAAAAGAGAGCAGCUCUCGGGACUCUCUUCUAAGCCAACGGAGCAGUACAAACCUAAGUUUUACUUAUGGUGUAAAUGCCUGGAAAACUUGGGUGCAGCGAAAGUAUGAAGGGGGUGAGCCCAGCAAAGGAGAGGAAUUGCGCUUUGGCCCUAAACCUAUGCGUAUAAAAGAAGACAUUUUGGCCUGUACAGCAGCCGAACUUAAUUAUGGCUUAGCACAAUUUGUGAAGGAGAUAACUAGACCAAAUGGUGAACGAUAUGAGCCAGACAGCAUUUACUACCUAUGCCUGGGCAUCCAGCAGUACCUCCUUGAAAACAGCCGGAUGGUGAACAUUUUCACUGACCUCUAUUACCUGACCUUCGUUCAAGAACUGAAUAAGAUUCUGACUUCGUGGCACCGCAGCCUGACGCCCAGUAGGCUGAUAUUCUCACGAGUGGAAGAAGAACAUCUGUGGGACUGUAAGCAGCUGGGCGUGUACUCUCCCUAUGUGCUCCUGAACACACUCAUGUUCUUUAAUACCAAAUUCUUUGGCCUGCGGACUGCAGAGGAGCAUAUGCAGUUGUCCUUUACCAAUGUUGUUCGCCAUUCCCGCAAAUGUGCAACCAGCAGAGGAACCUCGAAAGUAGUGAGCAUCAGAUACUAUUUUCCUGCGCGACAAAAGAAAGGCAGAGAAAGUUUAGCAAAGCGGAAGCGUGAGGAUGAUCAGCAACCAGUAAUGGAGCAGCAUGAGAAUAAGAUGAACCCUCUACGAUGCCCUGUCAAGUUUUAUGAGUUUUACCUUUCUAAAUGCCCUGAAAAUCUUCGAAACCGCACUGAUGUGUUUUACAUGCAGCCAGAGCGAUCAUGUGUGGCAGAAUCUCCCCUUUGGUACUCUGUUAUUCCCAUGGACAAAAUCAUGUUGCAGAGUAUGCUGAGCCGUAUUCUAGCUGUGAGAGAGGUGUAUGAAGAACAGUUACGAGGGGGCACUAUAGGCGAGGACACUGAUUAAAUGGACAAGAAGGUGGGGGGUAAACAGUACAUUCUAAAGGAUUGUAAGCCCACCGCCCUUGAAUUACUGAACUUCAAGCCCAAUGGAGACGAUAAAGGACAUCACUUUGGGAAUUCAUCUACCACAGACGUUAGCACAAUAAAGUGCUGGACACUUCCCCAUCAGACCUUCCUGAAAGCUUUAUGUUGCAGUGAUCUGUCAAUGUUCUGUCCUCACAUCCUCUACAUCAUAGGAGGGCAAGUGAGAGAGGGAGUGGGCUGCUGACUUUUGUGUUACUUUAGUUUUUGUUUUUAUAUUCUAGAUGCAGUUGGAUUAGGGCCAAUAGGACCAGUGUCAUGGAGAACUUAGCAUCACUCCAGUACAUAGUAGGCUUUCCUGCUUCUGACUCACAUUAUUCCCCCCCUUUCAGUGCACUUAGUUACACCAUUUAUGAGAUACCUGUUUUUAACUUGGUGUUGCUUCAUACACCCUCACUGAUCGAUGAGCCUCGCAAUGACAUUAUAGAGGUCUUCCCUAGUUUCUUCCAGAACGUCACAUCAUUUCUUCAGCUGACACACUCUUCCCAGUGAUAGAUAACCCUUAGGUCUUUACCCUGUCUCCAUCAUUGGUUUAGCACAUUGUAAUUCUCCCAUUGGCCAGCAAGUGUCCUUGUAACCACAUGAGUUUUCAUACUUCGAGAAAAGCCAGGGUUGUAAACGUCUUCAUAACGAAAUAGCCUGAAUCGCCAUCUUUCAUGCUUUUGUGUCGUCAUAAGUGAUCAAUCCCCUGUCAAGGCCAUUUUUAUUAAAAGGAGACUGUUUAUGCAGAUGACGAUUGGGGAUUUUUUUUUUUCUUUUCUGUGAAAGACGCUUAUUUUCCUCUGACAUUUUUUAACCUGUUGAACAGUUUGGCUGCUUUUCAGAUAUGUACAUACUGUUUUUAAGAGUGUACCCUUGGCACUCGCCUCAUGUUCUCGGUUGUCAUGUGCUAGGUCCUGAGCAGCCCUGUUGUGGGAAAGUUUCAUUGCAAAUAAAGAUUUUA